GCCGCUGCUUCUGCGCGCGUGGAAGGAAGGAAGGAAGGCAGGCAGGCAGGCAGAGAGGGAGAGGGGCGCGAGGGGAAAGGCGCGCGGCGGAGGCUCCGGCUCUGGCUCUUCUCUCUUUGGCCCCAAGGAAGCCUCCUUCCGAGCCCGCAAAGGAGCCAGGGGAAGAAGAAGGAGAAGAAGGAGAAGAAGAGGAAGGGGUGAGGGGCGCGCGGGGCGGGCCGCGGGGCAUGGAGAGCCUGCUGGAGAACCCGGUGCGCGCCGUGCUCUACCUGAAGGAGCUGACGGCCAUCGUCCAGAACCAGCAGAGCCUCAUCCACACCCAGCGGCAGCGCAUCGACGAGCUGGAGCGGCGCCUGGACGAGCUGGGCGCCGAGAACCGCAGCCUCCGCGACCAAGUCACAGGCGAGAGCCCCAAGCAGCAGCCACCGCCGCCGCCGCAGAAGCCGCAGAAGCCUCCCCCGCCGCCUCCGCCGCCUCGGUUGACGCCGUGCACGGUGCCUCCUCCUCCGCUGCCUCCUCCUCCGCCUCCUCUUCCUCCUCAGGGCCAAGAACAGCAGCAAGAACAGCAGCAGCAGCAGCAGGAAGCCCCGCCGCCCGGGCAGCCCGUUCAGCACCAAGAACAGCUCCCGGCCCCGCAAGCCAGCAGCAGCAAGCAGGCUCAGGCCGGCGCGGGCCCCAGCGGGAGCAGCAGCAGCCGGCCCUCGGCCCCUUCGCAGCCCCACCAGCACCACCACCACCAUCAUCCCCCGCCCGAGAGGAGCGGCUGCCCGGCCCUCCUCCAGCACAAGAGCCCCCAGGCCCUGGGCAAAGGCGUCCUGGCCAGGAGACCGGAGAAUGAGACUGUUUUGCACCAAUUCUGCUGCCCUGCAGCUGAUGCUGAGCAGAAGCCUUCAUCUGCAGACUCUUCUCCAAGUGAUGAUCCCUGCGGUUCAGCCAGCAAGAAACCCGGGUGUGACACGGAGGAUCCGAAGGAGGCCGGCAGACACAGUGGCCAGGAAGGCAGGUCCGACACCUUGAAGUUAAAAGCCCAGCAUGCGGAGCUGCAGGAAGAGCAGGCAGCGGGGUGCUCCCUUUUGGUGCAGAAGGCCAGCCUCCACCACACGGGUUCCCCCGUGAGAGGGCAGCGCAGCAAAGGGGCAGCCACCUGUUCCCAUGCCGCGGCCUCUGAUUAUGAGCUCUCCCUUGACUUAAAGAAUAAACAGAUCGAAAUGCUAGAGCACAAAUACGGAGGCCACCUGGUCUCUCGGAGGGCAGCCUGCACUAUCCAGACUGCCUUCCGUCAGUACCAGCUCAGCAAAAACUUUGAGAAGAUACGGAAUUCACUUCUGGAGAGCCGCAUGCCCCGGCGGAUUUCACUGAGAAAAGUACGAGUCCAGAACUCUGAAAGUUUCUCUGCUGAGAAAGCCCUGGUGGAAGGAUACAAUUUUGUUGGCAUCCCCUUAGUGAGAUCUCCAUCCCUACCAGCCACUAUCAGUGGAGCACUAACUGAACUGGAGGACUCUUUUACUGAGCAAGUCCAAUCUUUGGCCAAAUCUAUAGAUGAUGCCCUCAGCACAUGGAGCCUGAAGACUAUGUGUUCCCUUCAAGAUGGCAGCUCCUAUCAGAUAAGGGAGGCAUUCGGUUCAAUGCAGCCAAACCAAGACCUGGAAGCUGAACUGAAGGACCAACAGAAAGAGGAAGGUUUGCUGCCUGAUACACUGCCAAAGAGCAGCAGCACUCUCAUGAUGGCCUUCAGGGAUGUCACCGUCCAGAUUGAUAACAAGAACAUCUCGGUCUCCUCAUCUACCUCGGUGUCUAUGGCCAACUGCCUUGCCAACAACACCCAGGCUGGGAUUACUCAAGCUGCCAAAAUAGAAGAAAUCCCAGAGGAAGUGGGGAAAGAGGGCCAAGAACCUCAGGCUGUCCCAGAAGGGCAACCAGAUCCCGAAAUUCUCCAGAAUAGUCAUACAGAAACAGAGGAGAACAUCAACACCAAUGGCUUGGGAGGAGGAGACACAGAGCCAGAACAAAUGAUGGUGCAGAAGCUUGACUUUAGUUCUAACAUUGAGACGGGACAGAACAAAGCCUCCGAGGUUGAAAAUGUGGACAAUUCAGAGCAGCUGAGCAGCAGCAGCACCUCCACCUCAGCCAAGUCAGCCUCAGAGUUAUCCUCAAAGGAAGCCCUGCAGGCCAUGAUUUUGAGCCUUCCACGGUACCACUGUGAGAACCCAGCCAGUUGCAAAUCCCCAACUCUUUCUACAGACACCAUGAGGAAGAGGCUAUAUCGCAUUGGACUAAAUCUCUUUAACAUAAAUCCAGAUAAGGGGAUUCAGUUCCUGAUCUCUCGAGGGUUCAUCCCAGAUACUCCAAUCGGAGUGGCACAUUUUCUGUUGCAGCGCAAGGGUCUUAGUCGACAGAUGAUUGGGGAGUUUUUAGGAAACAGCAAGAAACAAUUCAACCGGGACGUUCUAGACUGCGUGGUAGAUGAGAUGGACUUCUCUGGCAUGGAGCUAGAUGAAGCUUUGCGGAAAUUUCAAGCCCACAUCCGGGUGCAAGGAGAAGCCCAGAAGGUGGAGCGACUGAUUGAAGCCUUCAGCCAGAGAUAUUGCAUGUGUAACCCAGAUGUGGUCCAGCAGUUUCAUAACCCAGACACCAUUUUCAUCUUGGCUUUUGCCAUCAUCCUUCUCAACACAGAUAUGUAUAGCCCAAACAUCAAACCUGACAGGAAGAUGAUGCUGGAGGACUUUAUUCGAAACUUGCGGGGUGUGGAUGAUGGAGCUGAUAUUCCUCGAGACUUGGUGGUGGGGAUUUAUGAGAGGAUCCAGCAAAGAGAACUUAAAUCCAAUGAGGAUCAUGUAACCUAUGUCACCAAAGUGGAAAAAUCAAUUGUGGGCAUGAAAACGGUCCUAUCAGUGCCACAUCGUCGGUUAGUCUGCUGCAGUCGUCUUUAUGAAGUGACAGAUGUCAACAAAGUGCAGAAGCAGGCUGCUCACCAGAGGGAGGUUUUCCUCUUCAAUGACUUGUUGGUGAUUCUCAAGCUUUGCCCCAAGAAGAAAAGCUCCUCCACUUACACGUUUUGCAAGUCAGUCGGUCUGUUAGGAAUGCAGUUCCAUCUCUUUGAGAAUGAAUACUAUCCCUAUGGCAUCACCUUGGUGACUCCAGUUUCAGGCUCAGAGAAGAAACAGGUACUUCAUUUCUGUGCUCUGGGUGCAGAGGAAAUGCAGAAAUUUGUGGAAGACCUAAAAGAGUCAAUAGCAGAGGUGAUGGAGCUAGAGCAGAUCCGAAUUGAAUGUAAGGCUCCCGGCGUGGUCCAGACUCCAUGCAGUCAUUCUGUCUGGGAGCUGGAGAAGCAACAUGGAGCAAAGACUAUCACUUUAAGGACUAAUGGCGCUCAAAUGGAAAUGCAAUCCAAGCAAGGAUCUCCAACAGGCAAAAAAGAUUUGGGAGAGAAGGUCCCGGACAACACAGUGGAGGUGUCAAUUCACAACAGGCUUCAAACGUACCAGCACAACUCUGUCCCGGGGCUCGAGAGUGGAAUGCAGCCCAGCACGCUUCCUAACAUGCCACGGGAGAGGCUGGAGACAGCAUUGGUGCCCUCUUACCCUGCCUCGGCAGGGACACUUGUACAGUGCCAGCAGAUUGUCAAAGUCAUAGUCUUGGACAAACCAUGCCUCGCUCGCAUGGAGCCGGCCCUCAACCAGACUCUGACACGCUACGUCUCCUCCGAUUCUUGCAACUCCACCCCCUUGCGUGUACUAGGCAGCGGGCUCCAAGGCACCCCGGUGAAAAUCAUCCAUCAGCCCCCGCUUCCGCCUCCGCCACCACCCUACAACCACCCCCACCAGACCUGUCCCCCCAGCUCCUUGCUUCAGAGACGCAGGUACUCCAGUGGCUCACGCAGUCUAGUGUAGCAGCGCCACCAGCACUAGCCAAAUAGCACAGACUUACCCUUGGGACCCUUUUCUGUCUUCAAAGAAAAUCUAGUUUGUGAUUUAUGGUAUUUUUUAGUAAAACGAAACAAACAGAGAAAGAGAGAGGGUGACAGAGGAAGAACAAAAAGCAUUUUAGUAAUAAUGAAAUUACAGUAUGUGCUAUGAACAUACCUAACUCUUCACCGUCUCUCCUGAAAUGAUUCUUUUUGCAAGGAGCCAGACCUGUAGAAAUUGCGUGACUGCUUCAGAACAUGUUUGCUGCCCAAUCCUCCACCCUUUUAGCUGCACACAAGCACCUUUCUUCCUCCUGAGGCAUAUGGUCAUGCUCUUCUCCCCUACCUCUGAUGAGCUUUAUCGUCCUUGGCUUCCUUUGCUUUGCAUCUUCAGAUCCUCUGUCUAGCGCUUUCCUUACCUCUCACACAUCCCUGUUUUAUCACCAUUACCAAACUCCACCGGUUUCUGACCAAACCAAACCUGACUGACUUUUGGGGGGCAUUGACUUUGUUAGUUCACCUUUGUGGGGCUGAGGAGCCGCUGCUUUUGCUGCCAAACCCACCACUGCAGCUUGCUCAAUUGGAGCUGAAAAUGUGUGCCACUCAUCACACAUCCUACUCAUUGCCUUCUUGGGGGUACUCUCAUGGCAAGAUGAAUGGAGGGGAAAUUGGGAGGAAGAAGAAGGAAGAGGAGGAGGGUGCUGCUCCCCACUCAGCAGCCAAACACAAAGAUGGCCUCCUCACUUUGGACAUCGACAUUCUGCGUCGUAAUGAGAAAGCUUUGCUGGAUGUCAACAGAAAUACACCACUUGUAAAUACUCA